UGGCGCGAGGCGCGGCGUGGGCAGCCCGGCGCCGCGGGCCGGAGGAUGCGGAAAGGCAGGGUCGGCGUCGUCGCGCCGUCCCUGGAGGACGGCUGCCCGACCGGACCCGGUGGCCGCUGGCGGGCCCGCGCGGCUGAGGCGGGCCGGGCGGGCAGAGGGAGGCGUGUCCGCUGAGGAUGAGCGCGGGCUGCGGGCGGGACCACCCCUGUAAGAGAGCCCGGCUCGGCCCCGGCGGCGCCUCCCAGGGAGAACAGCGGCCGCCGCCGCCCGACAGCGGCCCGGAGGGGCCCGGGGGCGGCAGCUCCGUCACCGCCGUGGGGAACAAAGUUUGUAAACAACGGACAAUUACCACUUGGUUGGAGAAUAAAGGACCCAAGACAGCUGAGUCCAAAAGCCUUCAAAGCAGAAUUAAUAACAAUACUGAAGAAAAUACCAAGAUGACUUCAGUUAAAAAAGAAAACGUUUGUGAGCAUGAUGUGAAAAAGCUCGAGAAUAGUUGCCAGCAAAAUUAUCCAGAAGUAUCCGAGGAAGUUGGCACAAAGCAUGUAAAUUUGCCUCAGAUAGGCAGCAUGUGUAACUGGGAGGCCGAGGGCAGAGAUCCAGUCUCGGACAGAGUGCCUGUGAAGGCAGGACAGUCUGGAGACACCUUUAAAAAUGCCAACAUCGAUCAGAUGCACAAAACUGGCAAGGAGGCUCAGAGACAGUGUGAGGAAAGCGGUGACAUUUGGACUCUGAGGAAACGGUCAUCCGGCCAGUCUUUGAAAACGGGAAAUAUAAAACUUUCUUCAAAAGACACUGAGACAGAUGGACAAGUGGUUUUGUGCAACUCACAGAAGCUGAAGAGCUGUGAUUCAUUUGAUGCAGGUGAACAAGAAGAAGGGGAUGUAGUUCCAGAAAGCCCACUUUCAGAUGCUGGUUGUGAUGCUUGUGUAUCCCAUGUUGGAGGUCCUGAGAAACUGAGCAAAUGUCGAAGUAGUUCAGGGGAUUCACCUGCUUUUGAGAAAGAAAGUGAACCGGAAUCACCCAUGGAUGUUGACAAUUCUAAAAAUAGCUGUCAUGGGUCCGAGGCUGAUGAGGAAACGAGUCCGCUUCUUGACGAGCGAGAGGAGAGUAAUAUGGCCAAAGCUAUAAACAAAUCUUUUAGAAUUCAGUAUGGGGAUGCUGAACUGGAGUCGAGGAAGUCACGGUUUUCUACUAAGGGUUGUGAAGACUUUGAGGGAAUAGACAAUUCUGUCAAGGAUGAUGGUCUGCAUAUAAAACCAACUGGGAUCUCUCCUGCUCCAUCAUCAGAAAGCAAAGGUGCAAAACCAGGUGUGAAGAAAGACUCCAAAAUCACCUCUCAUUUUAUGAGGAUACCUAAAAUGGAAGAGAAAAGCAGGAAAGAUAAGUGCGAAUUCAGACCUCAGAGAGCAGGAAGGAAGAUUCCUAAGUAUGUGCCGCCACCUCUUCCAACUAACAAGAAGUGGUUUGGGACGCCGAUCGAAGAGAUGAGGAGAAUGCCCACGUGUGGGGCUCGUCUUCCGCAUCUGAGACCAUCAGCCAAUCAUACAGUAACUGUCAGGGUAGACCUUCUGAGGGAAGGAGAGGUGCCUAAACCAUUUCCAACUCACUACAAAGAUUUGUGGGACAACAAACAUGUUAAAAUGCCCUGCUCAGAACAAAAUUUAUACCCUGUAGAGGAUGAGAAUGGAGAUAGAACUGCUGGAAGUAGAUGGGAACUAAUCCAAACUGCCUUACUCAACAAAUUUACGUGCUCGCAUGAUUUGAAGGAGGCUAUUCUGAGAUACAAUGUUGCUUAUGCCAAGAAAUGGGACUUCACAGCUCUCACUGACUUUUGUGACAAGGUUCUUGAAGAUGCAGAGGCCCAGCAUUUAUUCCAGUCCAUUCUUCCUGAUAUGGUCAAGCUGGCACUCUGUCUCCCUACUAUCUGCACGCAGCCAAUACCUCUACUGAAACAAAAGAUGAAUCACUCCAUCACUAUGUCACAGGAACAGAUUGCUAGUUUUCUGGCCAAUGCUUUCUUCUGUACUUUUCCACGCCGCAAUGCGAAGAUGAAGUCUGAGUAUUCUAGUUAUCCAGACAUUAACUUCAACAGAUUGUUUGAAGGACGGUCACCACGGAAGCCUGAGAAACUUAAGACCCUUUUCUGCUAUUUUAGGAGAGUCACAGAGAAAAAACCUACUGGAUUGGUGACAUUUACAAGGCAGAGUCUCCAAGAAUUUCCAGACUGGGAAAGAUCUCAGAAAAAGCUGUCUAGAUUGCAUGUCACCUAUGAGGGCACUAUUGAAAGCAAUGGACAAGGUAUGCUACAGGUUGAUUUUGCAAACCGUUUUGUUGGCGGUGGUGUCACCGGGGCAGGACUAGUACAAGAAGAAAUUCGGUUUUUAAUCAACCCAGAGCUGAUUGUAUCAAGGCUCAUCACUGAAGUAUUGGAUCAUAAUGAAUGUCUUAUCAUCACAGGUACUGAGCAGUACAGUGAGUAUACAGGCUAUGCAGAAACGUACCGGUGGGCCAGAAGCCAUGAAGAUAAGACCCCAAGGGAUGAAUGGCAGCGGCGCUACACUGAAAUUGUUGCCAUAGAUGCAUUUCACUUCAGACGUUUCCUUGAUCAGUUUGGUCCAGAUAAAAUUAGAAGAGAGCUCAAUAAGGCCUACUGUGGCUUCUCUCGACCCAAUGUUCCACCACAAAAUCUCUCUGCAAUAGCCACAGGAAACUGGGGGUGUGGUGCCUUUGGAGGGGACUCCAGAUUAAAAGCCUUAAUACAGAUAUUGGCAGCUGCUGAGUCUGGACGUGAUGUUGUUUAUUUUACCUUUGGAGAUGUGGAGCUGAUGCGAGAUAUUUACAGUAUGCAUACUUUUCUCUGUGAGAAGAACCAAACUGUUGGGGAUGUUUAUAGGCUGCUACUCAGAUACUACAAUGAAGAAUGCAGAACCUGUUCUACUUCAGGACCAGAAGUCAAGCUGUACUCUUUCAUAUACAACACCAUCGAGUCCUAUGCAGAUUCUACGGAUGAUGAUGAAGAAAAAGGGUUGUGCUUUGAAGAUUAAGAUAAAUGAGUUUAAUCAGAAUAUUUUUUGACUCCUCCCACUGGUAUAUUGUUUGAGUUGCUGAGGGGAAUGUAUUAAUUGGAUAACUUAAUAUAGACUGCAUUGGUAGUUAUCAAACAUCCAAAAAUCAACCUUUGAGAGGUGAGAUAUUUUGUUUGGUAGCUUCGUACAUGAAAUGCUUGUUGAUGUGUGUACAGAAAGGAUUUCCCUGGUAAAUCUGGUUUGCAUUACGCCUUGUUAAGCAGGAGAUCUUGGACACGCUUGUAAUUUCAAUCAAGAUACUGCUGAAAAACUUUGUAAGAUUUCUCUGUAUCUAGACUUCUUGCUAAGUAUAGUGCUGGAGUACAUGGAGCUCUGUAACUCCCAGAAUGAUUUUAGAGAGAAACAUUGUAAUGAUUGUUCUUAUUGAAAGUUGUAACAAUUUGAUUACCUCCUUAAGACUGCCACGGUACUUUCAUUGUUCUUAUCACAAUUUUCGUACAUUUAGUUUAAAAUGUUCUGGUUUUAAUAUACUUUGUAAAAAAUGGCUAAACGUGAAAGGAUUCUGGAGGAGCUAUAAUGCAUUUCAGAACUGCAUUAUCACAGUCGAAUUAGAAAAAGUUAUGGAGAAGCAGAGAGAGUCUGAAGAACAGAAGAGUGGGAAAAUGAGAUAUGUGAUCAGAGUUAGAAGCGGAAGGAAACAUUCAUUCAUUAAAUUCCUAAAACCAUUUUGUUGGUGCUAUCUGUUACAAAACUGAACAAGGUCAUAAGCGUAUUAGUAUACGUGAAGCUUCUCAAGGAUCACUGUUGUUGGCAACUCCAUUUGAAUUAAGGUCUGCUGUAAUUUUGUUUAUAUUCUCAUAUCAGUUCUCCUUUAUUGCAGUAUGUGAGCAUAAGAUCCCCAUGGGAAAACACACAGAAACCACUUGCAUAUCAGUGGGAGGAAAGCGCAGGCUACAGAUAAGAACGUAAGGUCUUGUUAGGAAUUUCCACCUAUGUCUUCGUAGGCGUGGGAAUAGUAACAUUGAAGAGAGGUCAAAAGGUCUGUAAAAUCUGUGUUUUUAGUGUCUUUUAUUGUUUCUGUAGUACAUUAAUAUUUUACACAAAACUACAGAUAAAUGUGAAAAAACUUUCCGGCUUUACGUACAGGGCCAAUUCAGUGAAAUGGUCGUCUAUUAGUAAUUAAACCCAAUUUAAGUCUAGGCCAAAAUUGCUAAGUUUAACCUCUUCUGUAUCAGAUUUGCGUGGUCCAUCAUAGCUGCUACCUGAGCAAUACAAGUAACAGCAGUAGGAAAUUUAGUGAGCUAUGGCUCUAGUGUCAACAAAUCCUUUGGGUUGGUAUCUGAUAAAACAUCUCCAAGCCUGAAACAUGACCUAGUAAUGAAAUACUGGAAGCUGUUGGUAGUCUGGCUAGCAGUAAAGCACUCACUGCUUGAGCUGCUCUGGUGGAAGAGCAGCAGCAAAGUGUUUGGGUCAUUUACACAUAACUUCAGAGUGCUACACCAUUGCAUCAGUGCUGCAAUGGGCAGCUGGGAAGUGUUGCUUCAAAUGUGACAGACGCAGCAGCUUGGCUGAUUUUGUCCUAUUAUUCCCGCCAGCUAUGGUUUUCUUCACCCACAUCCAUGUCAAGGAUAAGAUUUACAAUAGAAUUAUGGGCCUGUUUUGAUGUUGGCAACUGGUAUCCUCUGACUUCGCAGAAAUCUUCUCCUACUCCUAGUGUUUUCAUGUUGGCUGAGAUUCUAGCAACGGGAAUAAGUGUUUUAUCAUAAGCUCUUAUUUGGGCAUUUAGAUUGAACUAUGACAGCAUUACUAGAUGCAGCGCUGAUGACAAAUGUACCUGAUUGAUUAAGAGUUGUGACACAAAAUUGGUGCUACCUGCCACAUCUUCACCGUAUUACUCAGGAUUUCCUAUAGAAAAGGUGGACAGAAUUUGUUGCUAACCAACUGGAAGAAAAUGCAGCAAAAAGUUUAAGGUGGCCAGAUGUGACUUCCCCUUUAUUGUAAAUGCAUGCAUCUUUAUUAGUGCAAUAUUUAUUUUUGUUGUGAGGGGAAAUGAUUUUUUUUAUGAAAAAUGUACUAAAUAAGAUGGCACAAAAUUUUAGUUUGACUCUAGAAACUGAAAAAAUAUAUACUCAGUUUUGGAAAGAUUCUCUGGAGUUCAUAUAAUAGUGUAUUCAGUUAAGUUUUUGGAGUGCCAACUAUUUCUAGGAAGUUCCUAGUCAUUUUCUGUCAGCUUUAUUUUCACUGAUACUGGAGACCUUUCAAAUAGGGGAAAGAACAACAUCUGAGAUUGCUCUUUAGGAUAUGUUUCCCAUACCUGUUUUCCUAUGAAAUAUGACUAUAUGGACAGGAGGAGAAAAAGAAAAUGUGUUUUCUGUUUAAUGUGUCAUCUGAGUAAGAAUGAUCUGUCCCGCAUUCUACCUGUGUCCCUAAACUCGUGAAGGGCAAUGCUGUAAGAACUCUUGGAAUAUGGCUUUGAUUGCAGGCGGGCUGAAGAUUACGUUUUUCUUGGUUUUGUUUUGGUUUUUUUGGAAGCAAAAUAGCCGAGAGUUGAAGAGUUACCAAUGGUGUUAGAUUGCCAUGGCUUUGGAAUUCAAUAAAGUGCUGAAGUGCCCAGAAUGCUGCAUGGGGAAGGAAGAAUUCUGAAUGAGCCCAGCGUGUACUCUGCACCUCACUUUUUCUGUCCAACUACCACUCUCCAUUUAUAAACUACCUGAAAUGAUUUCUUUAGCUGGAGAUGCAUUUUGGUGCUCUGUUGGAGAUAGUGUGGAACGGAAGGCCCGAUGCUCUUUGCAGCCUAGCAAGCUUCAGCUUCACUCUUCUAGAAACCUGUUUAUGGAGUAUUGUUCAUUUUUUAUUACUUUAAGGAUGUUUGUUAUAUGUUUUCAGAUAAAAAUAAACUUCCUACCAAAACUAUUGUUUUAUACUUGUUUUAGCAGCUAAACUGAAUGCUUAGUAUGAAACAACAGGCAGUCAUUUAGAUUGCAAUGUUGCCUCAUAGUGUCGGAGUGCUGCUGUUUGUUCGACAGCUCUGGCACCUAAACUCCUCGGUUAUGAGGUGUUCUUAUGAGUACCCAUUUCUGUAUAUAUUAAUUUAUAAAUGACAAACUGUUCCUGACAUUCUUCUAAACUACAAUUUAUGCAUCAUUAUAUUAUAUUGAUUUUUCUGGAUCUGUAUGCUAAUGUUUACAUGAUUUUUGUAGGAAUACAAUUAAAAAAUUGAUUGAAGCAA